AUGAAAGGCCUCAAUCUUGGUGGCGUUGUGGAGUUCUGCCGCGUGCUAACGCGCCAACCGCAGCUUUUGCUGCCGCAGCUCUCUGUGAAAGAUGUGACGGAGGUGCCGUUCCAGACACUGCGAGACCGCGGGUUCCGUUGUGUUAUCUUUGACAAGGAUAAUACAUUAACUGUGCCCCACAAACUGGAGAUUUCUCCGCAUUUGGCGCCGUCUCUGGCUGAAUGUCGCCGUGUUUUCGGAGACUCUAGCAUCGUAAUUUUCUCCAACUCGGCCGGAUCAACGGACGACAAAGACGGAAUAGAAGCCAAGAAGAUAGAAGAGGAGCUACAAGUUGCGGUACUUCGUCACAAUCAAAAGAAACCAGGAGGCAUUGCAUUCGUGAAGAAACACUUUGGUGAAGUAGAUCCGCAAACACUUGUGGUGAUUGGCGACCGGUACUCGACGGAUGUCCUCUUUGGCAACCUUAAUGGGAUACUAACGAUUCGAACGGAACAGUUCACGCCCGAGAGUGAAAGUGUUGUGAACCGACAGCUGCAACGCAUCGAAAAGACAGCUGUGCGAAUGCUGAUACGCGCUGGAGUGAAGCCACCAACACAUCCGUUAUGGGAUAGCAUCGAUACCCAGGUCGACGAAUAG